AUGGCCAGAUCUAACCUAACUGUCCGCCCUGCACAGGUCAGAACAGGGGUGCAACUCGGCGCCUUUGGUUUCUUCAUCUUCCUUAUCAUCCUCCUCAUCGAUAAUCAGUUUCGCGUCCUACCGAAUUCUAUACAUGGCCAUCUGCCGACCCAUCACCCUGGCUUUGUCGUUACGGACGUUACGAUCGUGACCUGUUCGUCUAUAAACCUUUUCUCCAGUUGCACACUUGACCCGUCGGUCUGGUCUCGAGUCGAUAAAGAUCUUUACCUCGGUAAUACGUGGACAUCCGCCGCCUAUGUACAUUUCCAAAGAAAGCGGGAGGAGGAACUUCUCGAAACCGAUAAAGUCGUGAUUGACCUGCGGAUCAGCAGAUUUAAUCCGGGGCUAUUAGAUUCGAAAACGAAGAACCCAAGAGGCGGUGUGCCCAAUGCCAUUGAUUCAACCGAAGCUGACUGGGAAGCGAGACCUGGUGGGAUUUGGUUGAGGCGCAGUUCUGAGCCGCAUGUUAGCGAUUCGAAACAAGCUCUUACGUCGGUUGAUGUCUUGUUUGGUGCGGACGCAGUCGAUCCACGUCCUCAGUGGGAGGUGAAGGAUACCGUUGUGUUGUUGAAUAGUUUGACCGAAGCGACGGAAGCUCGAAUAACGGUUCGACGGGGAGUGCCGCCGACUUUGAAGAAGCCAGAGCUCAGAAUCAACGAUAGCGAGCGAUUCAAGAUCAUGCAAGCGGCGGAUUUACAUUUGACCACGGGAACAGGCGCAUGCAGAGAUCCAGUGCCCGAGGAAAAGGUACCUGGAGAGAAAUGUGAAGCGGACCCCCGAACGUUGGACUUUGUCGAGAAACUUUUGGAUGAGGAAAAACCGGACCUCGUGGUGUUUUCGGGUGAUGAAGUCAACGGCGAGACAUCCAAGGAUGCCCAGAGUGCCGUUUUCAAAUUCGUCAAACCGCUUGUCGAUCGAAAAAUCCCCUAUGCAGCUAUUUUUGGGAACCACGACGAUGAAGGCAAUCUUAGCCGCAAGCAAUUAAUGGCACUUCUUGAAGAACUGCCCUAUUCAGUAUCAACCGCUGGUCCGGAUGAUAUCGAUGGUGUCGGAAACUAUAUUGUCGAAGUCAUGGGUCGAUCGAGUACCCAUCAUUCCGCACUGACGUUAUAUCUUCUCGACACACAUUCCUACUCGCCGGAUGAGCGUCACUUCCGGGGAUACGACUGGAUCAAACCUAGUCAAAUCAAAUGGUUUAAGAGUAUGUCUCAGAGUUUGAAGAAGAAACAUAGUCAAUACAGCCACAUGCAUAUGGAUAUGGCUUUUAUUCAUAUUCCGUUACCGGAGUAUCGCGAGGAUACCAAUACCUGGAAGGGAAAUUGGCUGGAGGCACCAACGGCCCCGGCCUUUAAUUCUGGAUUUAUGGAUGCCCUCGUUGAACAGAAUAUUUUAUUCGUGAGCUGUGGACACGACCACGUCAACGACUACUGCAUGCUCAACCGAGACAUGAACGACAAACCAAACUUAUGGAUGUGCUACGGCGGCGCCUCUGGUUUCGGUGGCUACGGCGGUUAUGGAGGCUUCAUCCGCCGCAUGCGAUUUUUUGAAUUCGACAUGGGCCCCGGCCGAAUCAUGACUUAUAAACGUCUUGAAUAUGGCGAUACCCAGUCGAGGAUUGACGAGAUGAUGAUUGUCGAUGCGGGCCAGGUUCGAGCUUGA